AUGUCUGCCUGGAAAGCUGCUGGUAUCUCUUAUCUUCAAUACGCCAACAUCUGUGCUCGUGCAGUCCGCAACUCUUUGAAGGACGAUGUUCGUGCUGCUGCUCUCCGUCGUGACCAAAACGGUCUCAAGUUCGCCAAGUGGGAAAAUGGUGUUCAAAAGGAACAACGUUUCGUUGUCCCUCCUAAGGCCAACUAG